UGCACUGUGGCGGACGGGCGCUGCCUGACCUGUGAGGCGGGCUGGAACGGCACCAAGUGCGACCAGCCCUGCUCGCCCGGCUUCUACGGAGAGGGCUGUGAGAAGGUCUGUCCCUCCUGCAAGGAUGGUCACACCUGCAACCACAUCAACGGCAAGUGCUCCCAUUGCAACCCCGGCUGGAUCGGAGACCGGUGUGAAACGAAAUGCUGGAAUGGGACAUAUGGGGAGAACUGCGCCUUCGUCUGCAGCGACUGUGUCAAUGGCCAGAGCCACUUCGAGACAGGCCGGUGCCUCUGCCACCCCGGCUUUCAUGGCACCUACUGUAACCUGACGUGCCCGCCUGGCCGCUAUGGAGCCAACUGUGCUGAAGCCUGCGGGUGCCACGAUGGCGCCUGUGACCCGCUGACGGGCGCCUGCCCCAUGGAGGCCAAUCAGCGGAUGGGGGUGAUUGGGGCAGGAGCCCUCCUGGCACUGCUGCUCAUCCUUCUACUCUCCCUGCUCUGCUGCUGUUGCAUCUGCCGCAAGAAGGAUGAAGCCUGUGGCUCCAGCCAGGACCCGGCAACAGCCAAGAAGUCACCGAGACGCUUGUGCGGGCGGGUCAGACGCCUCGGCAUGGAUCUCCCGCGCAUCCCGCUGCGCCGCCAGAAGCUGCCCAAGGUCGUGGUUGCCCACCAUGAUCUGGAGAACACCCUGAACUGCAGCUUCAUUGAGCCACCAUCCGUGGUGGAGCAGCCUUCCCCAUCCUGGUCAUCCCGCGGCUCCUUCUCCUCCUUUGACACCACGGAUGAGGGGCCGGUGUACUGCGUCCCUCAUGAAGCAAGCGGGGAGGAGGCAGGUGAAUACACCUUCCUGAAGGAGAUGGGCUCGGUCAGAGCCUUCCCGGCUGACAGCAGCGAAACGCCUCUGCUCAAGUCCUCGGACAGUGAGCGCUCAUCCUGUGGCUCGGGUUCAGCUGGUGCUGCACUGUACGCCCGGGUCGCCCGUCUCUCCAAGCAGUCCAAGGAGGAGGAGGAUGGUGCUGCAGAGCCCCGCGGCCCUGGGAAGCCACCAUCC